AACCAAUCCGUGCACAGAGAAGCGGGGCAGACCGAGAGGAGCGGAGGGAGCUCUGCCAGGUGCCGCCACUGCCGCGGCAGGGCCGUGGAGGGCAGGGGGCGGCUGGGGCCGCAGUUGCAAACAUGGCUCAAAGCGGAGACGGUGGAAACCCCUUCGCCGAUCCUGGCGAGCUUGACAACCCCUUUCAGGACCCAGCUGUGAUCCAGCACCGACCCAGCCCGCAGUAUGCCACACUUGACAUCUACAACCCUUUUGAGACCCGGGAGCCACCGCCAGCCUAUGAGCCUUCUUCUGCCCCUACCCCAUUGCCUCCACCCUCGGCUCCCUCCUUGCAGUCCUCGAGAAAACUCAGCCCCACAGAACCCAAGAACUAUGGCUCCUACAGCACCCAGGCUUCAGCUGCAGCAGCCACAGCUGAGCUGCUGAAGAAGCAGGAGGAGCUCAACCGGAAGGCAGAAGAAUUGGACCGGAGGGAGCGAGAGCUGCAGCAUGCUGCCCUGGGGGGCACAGCUCGUGAGUGGAUCCUUGCUCAACGGAACAAUUGGCCCCCUCUACCUUCUUUUUGCCCAGUUCAGCCCUGCUUUUUCCAGGACAUCUCCAUGGAGAUACCCCAAGAAUUUCAGAAGACAGUAUCCACCAUGUACUACCUCUGGAUAUGCAGCACUCUGGCUCUUCUCCUGAAUUUCCUUGCCUGCCUGGCCAGUUUCUGUGUGGAGACCAGCAAUGGCUCAGGCUUCGGACUCUCCAUCCUCUGGAUCCUCCUUUUCACUCCCUGCUCCUUCGUCUGCUGGUACCGCCCCAUGUAUAAGGCUUUCCGGAGUGACAGUUCAUUCAAUUUCUUCGUUUUCUUCUUCAUUUUCUUCGUCCAGGAUGUGGUCUUUGUCCUCCAGGCCAUUGGCAUCCCAGGUUGGGGCUUCAGUGGCUGGAUCUCCGCUCUGGUGUUGGUGGGGCCCCACCCGGCUGUAGCUGUGCUCAUGCUGCUGGUUGCCCUCCUCUUCACGGGCAUCGCUGUGCUGGGAAUUGUGAUGCUAAAGCGGAUCCACUCUUUGUAUCGCCGCACAGGUGCCAGCUUUCAGAAGGCCCAGCAAGAAUUUGCUGCUGGUGUCUUCUCCAACCCUGCAGUGCGAACUGCAGCUGCCAGUGCAGCCGCUGGGGCUGCUGAAAAUGCCUUCCGGGCCCCAUGACCCCUGACUUGGAUGCCGUGGCCUUGCCACUGAGGGAGCUGACUUAACUCCCAUCCCUGAGGCCUCUGGGACGUGGUGAGACAUCACUACUUCUGGUGUCUCCACCAUAGUGCCCCCAAUCCCACGGCCAUGACUGCUGAAACUGACAUAGGGGUGCGUGGAGCCCACUGUGACCUAGUCACUGCCUCCCCCACCACCCCCGAAUCACGCCACACUGCUGCCCUCUCACGUGCCCUAACCCAGCUUCCCUCUGCUGUGCCAAGGCUGUUGCUUCGGUUAUUUAAAUAAAAAGAAAGUGAAACUGGAA